AUGGCGACUUUGUUGUCUAAGCGGAGAUCAAAAGUACCGAAAAAGGUUGAAUCCAGAAGAGGCUGUUUCCGAUCGUGUGUGACAAUGUUCGUGUAUCCUCUUCCCGCAGCUCUCUUUUUCAUGAUCCUGAUGUUUGUGUGGUCUUCCUCCACCACGUAUAUUUCAGGCAGGAUCGUUCAUGUGUGUGUCUCUUCUCGUAAGCUGAGCAACCUCUACUGUCUCUCAGCCACCACACAAUCGAACGCGGAAUUCCAUCUUCCAUUCACGAAUUCCACUUCUCAAGAAUUUCUUGAGAAAGAGAUUCCUGUUCUUGAAGAAAAACUUGAAAAGGACAGUGGUUUCCCGAUUCCUGUCUCGGAAGACAUUUCUGUUAACCGAAACCUCCAAGGUGAUUCCAAUGACGUUGUUCAAAACCCGACUCCUUUGCUUGAGAAAAGAGUCACGAAUGAUGAGGUUGAGGUCAUGAGUGACCUCAAAGACGAUACCAAAGAAGUUCCCGAUGUUGCUGUUGACAACCCGCCUUCUAUAUUGGAGAAAGAAGUCAGGAGUGAUGUGGCUGAGGUGAUGCACGACCUUAAGGAAGUUUCUCAUGAUGUAAAUCUUGAAAACCCUAAUCCUCAGAAUGAUACGAUUGAAGAGAUCAAGAAAGCGAGGAAAGUAGUGGAAGAGCAGCUACGAGUCCAAAGGUCAUGGAUCACGAAUCAAAAUCAGAAUCAGAAUCCAAACCAGUGUGAAGGUCGGGGAAUCUAUGUCUAUGAGUUGCCACCAAAGUUCAACAAGGAGUUGGCAACUGAUUGUCACAACAUGGUUCCUUGGGUCGACAUGUGUAAGUAUUUUAGCAACAACGCAUUGGGAGAGCCCAUACCAGAACUCGGGAAUCGUUGGUUCCGGACUCAUCAGUACUCGUUGGAAUUGAUAUUCCAUUCCCGAGUUCUAAACCAUCCAUGCCGUGUUUACGACGAAAACCAAGCAAAACUCUUCUACGUUCCAUAUUAUGGUGGAUUAGACAUCUUGAGAUGGCAUUUCAAGAAUGUUUCUAGCGAAAUUAAGGAUUCUUUGUCAUUGGAACUUUUAAAUUGGCUAGAAAUGCAAAAGCCAUGGGAUAAGAACCUAGGCAAAGAUCAUUUCUUUGUUUUGGGAAAAAUUUCUUGGGAUUUCAGGAGAAAGGAGCAAACCUCAUGGGGGACAAGAUUUCUCGAGCUUGAAGAAAUGCAAAACCCGAUAAAGCUCAUGAUCGAACGACAACCAUGGGAGAUUAAUGACAUCGGAAUCCCUCACCCAACUCACUUCCACCCACAGUCCGAUGCCGACAUCCGUUCAUGGCAACGUACCAUCAUCUCAUCAAACCGGCGAAGCCUUGUCAGUUUCGCUGGUGCCGCCCGUCCUGGAGCCCUGGACAACAUUAGGUCUAUACUAAUAGACCAAUGUACAUCAACAAGCGAAGAACACUGUAAGUUCUUCGAUUGUAAGUCAGGGCUCUGUGAUGAGCCCAAAUCACUUGUGGGCCUAUUCAUGGAGUCUGAGUUUUGUCUUCAGCCUCCGGGAGAUAGCCCAACUAGGAAAUCAGUGUUUGACUCAUUGGUGUCCGGGUGUAUUCCGGUAGUUUUCGACCCGUUUACGGCAUACUAUCAGUAUCCAUGGCAUUUGCCUGUGGAUCAUGAGAAGUAUUCAGUAUUUGUGGAUCAAGAAGAGGUUAGGGAGACGAAGGUGAAUGUGGUGGAAAGAUUGAUGAAGGUGACACGGAAGGAGAGGGAUGAUAUGAGAAGAUAUAUAGUCUAUGAAUUGAUGCCAAGAUUAGUAUAUGGAGACCCAAAUGCAAAAUUUGAAUUGUUUCAAGAUGCAUUCUCCAUUACAAUCAAUAACCUAAUCGAAAGGGUCAAAAGUUUGAAUUUGGAAUAA